GCGCCUCCUCAGCAGAACACAUGGCGUCCGUGCAAGACCCAUCCGGUGACCUCGUCGAGCGGCUCUCGUACGCCAUCUCGGCGACCAAACCCGACGACUACCACGAGACCAAGACGCCGGUGGACCUCGAAGAUGGCGCGCUCGUCGCGGGCGGCGCGGUGCGCAUCUUUUCGCGCGAGGCCAUGGCGCUCUUCUCGCAGUACUUUGCGAUCGGCAUCGUCUACGGCAUGAUCCCCGCGCUCAAGUACCCCGUCUUCAACAACUACCUCUACAUGGAAGGCUACCAAACGACCGCAUACGGUGUGCUCGUGACGCUCGGCUGGUCGUUCAAGGUCUUCUACGGUAUGCUCUCGGACUGCGUCCCGAUCUUUGGCUACCGCCGCAAGCCGUGGAUCAUCCUCGGCUGGACAGUCGCGGCCGUGAGCCUUCUCAUCAUGGUCUUUACGCCGUUUGCCGCACCGUUUUGCGACCGCCGCAUCAACAAGUGCCCGAAGAAAGCCCCGAAACGCGAGAGUUUGACGCCGACGCAGCUCCUCCAGUACAACUACGACGCACCGGACAGCGGAACGCUCUUCAUUGCCCUCAGUGUCCUCACGGCCUUUGGCUACGUCCUCGCCGACGUGGCGUCCGACGCCAUGGUCGUCCAGUACGCGCAGCGCGAGCCGAUUGCGAUCCGAGGCCGCACCCAAACCAUGAUCUACAUUGUGCGCUAUUGCGGGCAAAUGGUGGCGCAGCUCUGCGUCGCGUUCUUGCUCAACGGCAAGGUCUACGCCGGGUCGUUCAACUGGUCGACGACACCAAACGUCCUGUAUGCGAUCUGCCUCGUGCCCAUCGUGCUUGUGAUCCCGAGCACGAUCUUCCUCCUCGUCGAAGUCAAAGUCCCGCGGACGCCCUUCAAGAGCUGGCUCACUGCGUUCUGGAACCUCCUUCAGCAGCGCGUCAUGUGGCAAGUGUGCGCAUUCAAGUUUUUCAACACGCUCUUUGGCAACUUUGGCGCGACGCCCGAAGCGCCGGUCGCGCAGUCGUGGGCGCUCGUCGAGCCGCUCAACGAGUCGCUCUCGGGGCUUUUUGGGACCAUCAUCAGCAUUGUCGUCAUGUCGGUCGUCGGCAAGUGGGGUCUCCAAUGGAGCUGGCGCUGGGUCAUCGCGCUCGGGACGCUCGGUAUCAUCGCGAUCGACGCGUUUGUGAUGAUGAUGACCAUCUGGGAGGUCUAUCGCAACCAGUGGUUCUACACGGGCGUCGCGCUCGCCGAGAACGUUCCGUCCGGCAUCCGCUUCAUCGUCGCCACAUACUGCGCAGUGGAAAUCGCCGACAUUGGCAACGAAGGCGCCACGUACGGCCUCGUUACGACCGUCUCCAACCUCUCGGGGCCCGUGGCGUCGGCCAUCUACAAGAUCAUCGACUCGUUCUUUGACGUGUCCCAAGAUGACAUUGGCCGCGACGACACGCGCGUGCGCUGGGAGGUGACGUACACCUUUCUCAUUGCUUAUGCCGCCAAGCUCUUCGCGCUCUCGUUUCUCGUGCUCCUGCCGCGCCAGAAGGCCGAGAUGCAGGAGCUCAAGCGAACCGGUACCAAGAGCAAGGUCGCGGGUGGCAUCUUGAUUGGCGGCUUCCUCGUUCUCCUUGUGUUCUCGUGCGUCGCCAACUUUUUGUCGAUUUAUCCGUCGACGAAAUGCUAUCGCAUCGUCGGCGGCAAGGGCUACUUUGCCAACGGCACCUGCAAGAGCUAGGCACGCUGCCACAAAUUCCUCCUUUUGUCGUCUUGUAAUGACGAGUCUUAUAUAUCACUCG